CCUUUUUCUGAGCACUGUCGUAGCUCAGUAUUUAUCUGUACCAGACGAUACAUUAUCUUUGGAUUAAAUUACAUAAAAAGCGAUAAGAAUUGAUAUUGUAUUUUAAGUGUUCAAUUGCAAUAUUAUCAGUUACUUGUACUAUUUAGUACACGACGUAAAACUGUAGCAGAUACAGGCUGAGGAUUGUUAAGGUACCAGGAAUUCCGAGCGGAGUGUGUCCUCUUUCCUUUGCCCUCUCUCUGGUGUCAUGAAUCAACAUCUACGUUGUGCUCCUCCGCUGUAUUAUCGCUGAUGGGCGAUCCAUUCAUUGACUGCAGUCAGUGAGCAGAUGUUGCAAAUGAGAUAACAUUGACCCUUAAAUAAGCCUGGGAUGAGCGGUCGGGUGGUUUAGGCUAGCAUGCAGUCGGCGGUUGACGGGGUUAGCUCCGGUCAUCAGCUCCCAGGGUCAGCGUGGUUUAGCUAAACCUCGACCAAGUCACUUUGAGGCGCCGGAGUCAACUCUGUCGCUGUCCUGCAAGGUAGCUGAGAGAAGGAGGAACCUCUUCGUAGAACCAUGGCUCCACACCCAGUAGUCCAGGCCAUAAUUGAUCUCUCCGCAGGAGCUAUAGGGGGAGCUGCGUGCGUCUUCAGCGGACAGCCCUUGGACACAGCGAAGGUCAAGAUGCAGACCUUUCCUACGAUGUACCGGGGUUUCAUUCACUGCGUCACGUCCACCUACAAACAAGUGGGUCUGCGUGGCCUCUAUCAGGGCACCACUCCGGCACUGAUGGCCAACAUAGCAGAGAACUCGGUUCUCUUCAUGAGCUACGGCUUCUGCCAGCAGGUCAUCCGCUUCACGGCCGGACUACACAGUGACGCUGUGCUGAGUGACAUGCAGAAAGCCUGUGCUGGCUCAGUAGCAUCCAUCUUCUCCUCCCUAGUACUCUGCCCCACUGAGCUUGUCAAGUGCCGACUGCAAGCCAUGUAUGAAAUGGAGGCGUCAGGCAAGAUCGCUAAGAGCCAGAACACUGUGUGGUCGGUGGUGAAAUCCAUCAUGAGGAACGAGGGAGCACAGGGCUUCUUCCAGGGCCUGACCACCACCAUAGCCCGAGAGGUCCCCGGCUACUUCUGCUUCUUCGGUGCCUAUGAGCUCAGCCGCACUGCCUUUGCAGACUACAUGAAAUGUGACAAGGACGACAUAGGUGUGGCUCCGAUCGUGUUCAGCGGCGGUUUAGGGGGGGCCUGUCUGUGGCUGGUGGUCUAUCCUAUGGACUGUGUCAAGUCUCGAAUCCAGGUGAUGUCCAUGACGGGCAAACAGGCGGGGUUUUUCAAGACAUUCAUGACCAUCGCCCGUGUGGAAGGUGUGAGGGCCCUCUACUCCGGUCUCACCCCCACCAUGGUCCGCACCUUCCCCGCUAACGGAGCUCUGUUCCUGGGUUAUGAAGCCAGCCGGAAGCUCAUGAUGAAGCAAUUUGACAGCUAGACUAUUACUUACUUGCAGCACAAAUGCAGAAAAUGUGAGCUGGCUGUGAAGUACUAUAGCCAUAUGAUCUCAUGUGCGGGAUCUGGUGUUGCCACUUCCUGCUUUGGUUAACUGCCACACUCCAUCUAUUUUGAAACUACAAAGAACCUUUUAAUAUAGUAUUUAUCAUGGUCCUAAUUUAAUUUCCUGGAUCUGACAUUGUUUGUUAUUAUCACUCCAGAAACACUGUUGCCACCGUACAGUGUGUGAGACAAACGUGAGCAACGAGCAUCUGUAUGCGGUGCUGCAAACGAUACCUCAGCCAAGUAGUAUUCACGCACGUGCUUUUGUUUGUCAGUUAUGCAGGUACAUGAAGAAAAGAAACACUCCAUAAGGUUUUCAAUGCACAAACUCCUAAACCCUUAUUUUAGGUCAGUAUGUUAAGGUUUAAUGUAAACUUGUGUCGUGUAGUGUUUGAUUUAAGUUGCCUAAAACAAGUUGUGAUGACUAUAACGCUGUUAUAGAACAUUUCACAGUUACGGAACACAUCUGUAUCUUUCUCACAAAAAGUGCAAUUCUGCCCAGAAAAGUGCUGAAACAUUCACUAACGGCAAAAGUGAAAACAUUUACUUGCUUUGUCUGGGGAGAUUCUCAUCCUUUGCCUCCUUUCAAACGGCUUCAGUUCUCGUCUAAAAAAGAAGUUUCAGAAGAAACGCCAAACACAGCCAGCAGGUGUUUUAAACUCGGGCUUGAUGUUUCAUCACACAGACAGAUUUUAUAUCGCCACAUUAUAUUUCACUCCUUUUGUGAUUUUCCACCUUUUUACCAAACAGCCUUUGCCUUUUAAAUCACUCCAUUUCCUUAAUUUAGUUUGUUUUAACGUUUAUUUUUAUGUUGAAGAAAUGACAAAAUAUCAUCUGUCGUUUGCCAUCCAAGUGCAGUGCUUUUCAGUGCUUAGUAGUCUUUGAAUCAUAGUUCUUGCUCAUUUCCCAUAGCUUUUUAUAUAGAAAUGUAGGUGUUUUAUUCAGAAACUGCUAACGACUUGUGACGAUGCUGAAGUAUUUUUCAUUGUAGUUAUAAAUCCUACAUUAAAAGUGUCAUUGAAGAA